AUGUCCCUCGGGGACUUCUUGGGCGACCAGUCACUGGGCUCCUGGGCCGAUGAGAUGGAGGACUCCCCCCUCUCCGGUAUGUGGUUCGUCUCCCGCGCAGAUUUCCCACCUCCACCACCCGACCCCGCAACCGCCCCUCUGACAUCAUAUAUAGGUCCCAGCGCUAGCUAUGGAGGUAGCAGGCCCUCCUUCGGUGGUGGUAGCUUCGGCGGCGGCUUCGAACGCGGUCCUGACCGUGGCGGUUUCGCAACCCGCGAGGAGCUCCCUCUUCCUUCGAAGCCCCCGUACACUGCCCAUCUGGGCAACCUCUCCUUCGACGCGACUGAAGGUGACAUCCAGGACUUUUUCAUGGAUUGUGACGUCACCAGUGUGCGCGUUGUUGAGGAUAAGCUGGACCGCAAGCCGAAGGGCUUUGGAUACGUUGAGUUCGGUACUCUGGAUGGACUCAAGAAAGCCCUCGCCCUGAGCGGCACUCAGUUCCAAGGCAGGAACAUCCGCGUCAGCGUUGCUGAGCCGCCUAAGGACCGCAUGGAUACGCGCGUGUUUGACGACUGGACUCGCAAGGGCCCCCUUCCCCCCAUUGCUGGCGAGCGCCCCCGUGGUGGUGGCGGCGGCUUCAGGAGCUUCGAUUCUGGUGCAUCCGACGCGGGCAGCGAUCGUGGCGGCCGUACGAGGGACUUUGGCACCUGGGAGCGUAGAGGCCCCUUGUCCCCGACCAACCCUCCCCCCAGUGAGCCUCGCAAGCCGUCUCCUUCCUGGGGUGAGGGCCGCUCUGAGGAGUCUCGUCCGCCCCGCCGCGAGUUCUCUGAGACCCGCCCCCCGAGAGAGCCCACUGCGCCCGAACUCGACAACAAGUGGCGCGACAGGAUGCGCCCUGUCGAGACCCUCAAGUCCCCUACCGGCACUCCUGAGGGCAGCUCGCCCUCUUCCCCGGUUGCCAAGCCCGCCGCUCCUGCGGGCCGUCCUCGUCUGAACCUCCAGAAGCGUACCGUUUCGGAAACCCCGGCAGCGCCGACUGCGUCCGGCGGCGGCGAUGCCAAGUCCAGCCCUUUCGGUGCUGCGCGCCCGAUCGACACUGCUGCAAAGGAGAGAGAAAUCGAGGAGAAGAGACAGCUUGCCCUGCGCCAGAAGAAGGAAUCCGACGACAAGGCACGCGAUGAAAAGCGCGCCAAGGAGGCAGCUGCCAAGACCGAGAAGGCAGCUCCAGAGGGUCAGAGUGAGAACGGCGGUGGCUCCCCUGCACCAGCCUCGAACUUCGAAGUUCUGGAAAGCGAGGAGACUGGUGAGGGCGCCACCGAUGAGAACGCAAACGGAACGAUUGUCGACGACAAGGCCGUCAAGCCAAAGGAAGUCGUUCGUGACGCUAAGCCGGCGGAGUCAUCUUGGAGGCGUAAGGAGUCUGCUCCUGCUGCAGAGGAAGGAUCGACGACUCAAGAUCUGGAGGAUGACGGCUGGAGCACGGUUCCGGCCAAGGCAAAGAACAGCCGUAGGGGUGGUUCUCGGGCCAUCGCCUCGUGA